AUGGCUCCAGCAAUUGCGAAUGGCUUACACGACGUCGCACUCAUUCAGGAGAAGGCGUACAUUAACGGAGAAUGGGUCUCAUCCAUGUCCGGCAAAACCUUCGACGUCUCGAACCCAGCGACAGGCCAAAUAAUCGGUACAGCUCCCGAGUGCGGGACGGACGACCUCGAUGCUGCCGUCAACGCUGCCUCGAAGUCCUUCCAUACCUGGAGAGCAUACUCCGGGCGCCAGCGUGGUCGCAUCCUCCGCAAGCUUUUCGACCUUAUCGUCGAGAACAAGGUAGACAUCGGCAAGAUCAUCACGGCCGAGAACGGCAAAUCCAAGCUUGACGCGGAGGGCGAGGCUUUGUUCGCCGCUGGCUUCUUUGAAUGGUUUUCUGAGGAGGCACCGCGCAUCUACGGCGAUGUUGCGCCGCAUUCUGCCCCUAACAGCAGGAUCCAGGUUCUCAAGCAGCCUGUCGGUGUAUGCGGUCUGAUCACGCCCUGGAAUUUCCCCAUCGCCAUGGCCUCGCGCAAGGUCUCUGCUGCUCUCGCCGCAGGCUGCACCGUUGUCCUUAAGUCAGAUGGUGUUACCCCUUUUGCCACAAACGUCCUAGCUGUCCUUGGUGAGCGUGCCGGCAUUCCUAAGGGCGUGUUGAAUAUUGUGACUGCUCUAGAGAAUACACCCAAGCUAGGUCUGGCACUCUGCGAGUCCGAGCCUGUCAAGAAGAUCUCCUUCACUGGCUCCACCAGAGUCGGGAAAAUUCUGAUGCAGCAGUCCAGCAGCACUCUGAAGAAGCUGAGCAUGGAGCUUGGAGGAAAUGCCCCCUUUAUCGUUUUUGACGAUGCGGACAUCGAGACGGCUGUCGCUUCUGCUAUCAUCGCCAAGUUCAAAGUGACAGGGCAGACAUGCGUCUGUGCGAACAGGAUAUACGCACAAGAUGGCAUCUACGAUAGCUUUAGCAAAAAGCUCGUCGAGGAGGUCCAUAAAUUCAAUGUCGGCGACGGUGCCAAUAGCUCCGUCACCCACGGUCCCUUGACCAUUGGGAUCAAUAAGACCGAGGAGCACGUCCAAGACGCCGUCAAGAAGAAAGCCUCUAUACUACUUGGCGGCAAGCGACUAACUAGCCUCGGCCCCAAUUUCUUCGAGCUCACAGUUUUAGGCGAUGUGACGGACGACAUGGCCGUUAUGCAUGAGGAAACCUUUGGUCCUUUAGCCGCCUUGUCGAGGUUCAAGACCGAAGAUGAGGUCAUCAAGAGGGCAAAUGCUGCUGAGGUUGGCUUGGCAGCCUACCUGAUGACUAGUGACUUGAACAGGCAAUACCGCGUCUCGGAGAGGCUCGAAUUCGGUGGCGUCAAGCACUCUGGCUUUGGACGUGAGAGCAGCAAGUAUGGUGUUGAUGACUACCUAGUCCUAAAGUCCAUCGUCACUGGCAGUGUCAAUACUGAGUACAAGCCAUAA